GAGAACGAAAAAAUAACGAGUGAAAGAGUGAGGGAGAACAAGAAAGCCAUAAAUCGCUCGCAUUGCCAUUUAUUUUUACAUUUUAUAUUUGAACGGAAACUCAGCUAUAAAAGGACAGACUCGACUCUAUAGUUUUAUUGUCGAUUAACAGAAUUUUGCAUAGUUUUAAGUUAUCAUUAUCAGGUUAGUUUUUGGUGCAUUUACACAACGCUGUUCAGGCUCUGUCAGUUUCUCGGUUUGUUUAUUCUUUUUAACACUCCAUGGACGCCUGUCAUUAUCAAACAAUUUUAUUUUUGGAAGACUGUUUUUGUUGCGAAGAAAAUAAGCUAAAUUUAAAUAGAAACAACAAAUAAAUCAAUUAUUUUGGGGGAGGCGAACUGGAACAAUACAGAAGAAAAUCAAGCAGGAGCAAUUUUAAACAACUUUGUUUACACCCGAAAGUGUGCGUGUGAGUUUGCAUAUCAGGAAGACGUGAGAAAAUACAAAAUAAUAUUUAUAUCUAGAUUUUUCCAACCUGAGAUCGAUUUUUCUUUGCGAUUGGAGCUUUAACAUUUCUGCGCCGUUUAGAUUUUGAUUGACCAAAUAAAAGCAAUACAUUUAUAUGCAUCUAGCGUUACUUGACGCUGCAUCCGAACCCAGAGAAGAAUUUUAUUGUAGGCAUUUGGUGUAUUAAUUACACCACGGGUAAUACGUAAUAUUAUUCCAUAUUUGAUAAACUGCCUGUCACAUAUGUGCACUGGGGGCUUGAGCCAUAGCGUACCAGCAAUAUAUUUUAGAGUUUAUUCGCAUAUUAUAUAUACAUUAAUUAUAUUAAUAGGUCGAUAAUCGAACGAUCUGAAGACAGUUGGUUUGGAUAAGUGAACCCCCUCCUUCUUCAGCUCGGUUCAGCUCAUCAAGAAUCAGAAGCCGUCUAAUGAUGUCUAGGCCACUGUCUCAGAUUCUUCCCCCUGACCUCCCUGCUGGAGCCAGCCCGCAAUUCGGGAGUGGCAGCCAGGCGGGAGGUGCUCCGGGAGGGGGACACCUGAGCUCCAUGGCCAGCCUGAAGUCCCUUCUGCAGCUCCCAAUCAAAGCAGACCAGCGCGGGAAGGAUUGCUGCGAAAUGAAAGACAAAGAGAAGCCCCUUGCCUCGGACGAGGACUCGCUGGGUGGAACCGGCGGUGGCAGUGGCUGCACCCUGAGGCCAACUUCACAGUCAGCCUUCCUGGGUCCCCUGUUGUGGGAGCGUACCCUGCCCUGUGAUGGGGGCCUCUUCCAGCUGCAGUACAUGGACUUGGAGGAGUUCCUCACUGAGAACGGCAUGGGCUGCAUGCACAGUAGCAGCUCCAGCUCUGCCCAGAUUCCCUCUCAGAGUUCCCAAUCUGCUGUCCCUAGCCAGAGCUCCCAGUGCCCCCCGUCCUCCCCGCCACCCUGCUCCUCAUCCUCCUCCAUUUCCUCAUCCUCCUCUUCCUCUUCUCUGCUGGGCCUGGAGGUGCAGCAGGCUACACAGGGGCUCCUGGGCACGCCAGAAGCCCUGCGUGGUGGCCAGGCAGCCCCUCCUAACCCUUCAGCUUCAUCAUCCUGCCCACCGCCCCCUGUGCCCCCUUCCACCAAUGCUGCAGAUGUAAUGGUGAACUUUGAUCCAGAUCCCGCGGAUUUGGCACUGUCAAGUGUGCCGGGCCAGGAGGCCUUCGAUCCACGGAGGCAUCGCUUCACAGAGGAAGAGCUCAAGCCACAGCCCAUGAUCAAGAAAGCCCGUAAAAUGCUGGUGCCGGAGGAGCAAAAGGACGACAAGUACUGGAGUCGGCGUUACAAGAACAAUGAAGCAGCAAAGCGGUCGCGGGACGCGCGCAGGCUGAAGGAGAACCAGAUCUCGGUGCGGGCUGCCUUUCUGGAGCGGGAGAACGCGGCACUGCGGCAGGAGGUGGCUGACAUGCGCAAGGAGUUGGGCCGCUGCCGCAACAUCCUUAACAAGUACGAGAGCCGGCACGGGGACCUGUGAGCUGCAGUGUCGCCAGGGGGCCAGCAACUGGGGGCCGAGCCACCCUCCUCUUUUCUAUUGCAGACCUUGUGUCUGCUUUUUUUUCCAGUGGGGGAACGCCAUGUGAACAGAUGGAGGGCGGUGGUGGGAGAUGUGUGAAAGGCAAAGAUGGUUGGGCAGGCAUUUUACAGAGAGUGUGAGAGCAUUUUGACAUAGGAAAACUGUGUAUUUUUAUAUCUGCAAAGAGAGAAAUUUGAGAGGAGCCUUUGGAAAUAAUUUUGUAUAUUUUAUAUAUGGGGAGGGAUUGGGGCAAAGAGAGAGCAACUAUACGAUGUUUUAAAACCGAAUUUUUGUCAAAUGAUAUAUUUUAAAUAAUGAACAGCUGGAUGACACUUUGAAAAGCGAGGACAGGAAAAAAUCAAACUUUUGGGCUUAGAUGGGAGAAUGUAAAGUGGAUGAUCGGUGAGAAAAGAAGUAUACUUGAGUUAAUCUGAAAAACAAAAACAAAAUUAAAAUGGUCAAUUUUAAUUUUGUUGUGGGUUCAGUCAAGCACUUAAUUUGUUAUCCUUUUUAUUAUUUUCUUGGAAUAAAUCUAUGUUUGUCUAUUGAUAAGGUAUUGGGAGAGACAAGUACUUUAAACACUAAUCCCUACAAAAAAAACAAUAUAUGCAAAGAUGUAUGUUUGUACGUACUCAAAGAGUAUUGUCAUGUACAUAUUAAAAUGGUUGACUAUGUAUUGAUUUAUAUACACAAACACACAACACAAACACCUCACGCUUACAUACACAUGUCUGUACAAAGGCCACUGAGAGCACGUCCUCACCAUGACCUUGUAUGGAUAGGGUGGAAGUAAAUGUGUUUUUUUUUUCUUUUUUUUUUCUUUUUUUUUACUUUGUUCAUUACUUGUUCUCUCUCUGUUCAGUGUGUGAAGUGAGUGAAACUGGUUUAGAAUUUCUCACCCAGGUUAAGUUGGCAGUGAGUAGGAUGCCUGUUAACUUGGUGCCACCAAGUGUGUGUUGUGAGUAGCAUCUUUACUGCUCAUCUCUCCCCCCCCCCCCCCCCCCCCCCCGAAAACUGAACAUUUUCUACAAAACCUGCCUGUCUUUUAAGAACCAAUUUUUUCCUACCACACCCUAUAUAGUUUAUGACUUUUCUUAACCUAAUGAUUUUCCCAAUAAUGCACCACAAUGCUAAUGUAAUGUGUAUAUAUAUUUAAGAAUUAUUAAAUAUGAAAAUAUAUGCUUACAUGGCUCGUUGGACAUGUGAACAUUGAAGACACAUGCACACAUAUGUAAGAGAUGUAGUUCACUACCAACUCACCUUGGGAGAAAGAUUCUAGUAAAACCCAGUGUAGAACUGUGCUGAGUUUCAGAGCUCUUUGUUAAAUUAGCUAUAGGGAUUAAAUAUGAUUUUCAAAAUUUAUUGUUACUAUCUUAAUUAUGAUUGCUAUUGUUGUUGAUGAUGUUAUUACUCUUACAUUCUUACUUUUUUUUAAGCAUUUCUUGCAAUGGUUCUCAGAAGGAAUGCAUUUUUAUCUUCUGUUUUAAAUCCCUUGUAUUUCAAGAUCGUUUUUCUGGCUAUGCUGUCUUUGGUUGUGUUCCCCUGUCUGCACCAACACUGAGAUGGUGCUGAACCCCAGAGUGUAUUGCUGUAGUCAUGUCCUUGUAUUUGAAACUGAUUAUAACAAAACAAUGGACUUUCCUGCUGAGCGGAUUUGAACCUCGCAGCCUGUACAUUGUCAGCUGCAGUGACCAGGUGCUGUUUACACUCUAUGGGACUCUUGGAUCAAUAUUGUGAUACUUGGGUCCAUUUGUAGAUUCCCAUAAACACUUUACAGUACUAUUUGUUAUGUACAUGUGUUAGCAUGCUACAGUGUUCGUGGGCAUUGAAUGCUGAGGGGUUUGCUGCAGUACAAGCAGGGUUUCGCACAAUGUCCUUCUUAUGUUUCUCCCUAUUGAAGUGGAUUAUAAAUGCAUAUUUCAUCUGUAUCUGAA